ACUGUAAUGUCACAAAUCUAGUGAAUCCAGGCAUUGUGUUCUCGCCUCCCGAGUGAUGACCUCUGGUGAGUUCUCAUUGAACCUAGAUUCCCAAUUGGUAAUCAGGCGCUUCAGAAAUUCAGUACCUGAAGAGAUGCUUGAUCUAAAGUCAAGCUAGAGUGACAUUCUUUUUUGGAUAGUUUUUUGAAGUUGUUGCUGUUUUGGUUUUUGGAACAAACAAAACUUGUGUUACUAGACUUGCACAUUUUGUGUUCUACGCUAGUACACUGUGGCAAUUGCACUCUGUCUCCUAUUUCCGUCUUCAUUGGGCAUUUGGACUCUCUAAAAAAAGCUGGUUGUAACGGGUUAGAGAGUUUCCUUUGACUGGUUGGAAAUCUACUUCUACAAUCUACAAUAGCUGAGAGAUGUCCAACUUGAUGCUAGAUUCGAAGAUGAAAGCGGUAAAAUGCCCUAGUACGGAAGAGCUCACCAACUGCGCCGUGGUAAAUCCUCAGGACUUACCCGACUCCAUCAAGCAUAUCGUAGUGACCACUUCAAAGGGACAGUUUGUCUUCACCGUCAAGAGCCAUCAGGAUGUUAUUCCUUCAACCAUUGGGUUCAGUAGAUUUCAGCGCAAGUGGGCGACCCUUUCUAUUGGACAAGACAUCGACGUUCGCGCAUAUCAAUUCGAUAAAAAAUUCGAACAAACACUGGCAAAAAUUAUCCUCGAGGUGAAUUUCUACCAAAUGAAAAGCACAACGCUCGAGCCCUACGACAGCGAUGCUAUGGCGCGUGAGUUUUUGGAAAAGUUUCAUCAUCAAAGUUUCUCCGUUGGACAGCAACUUGGUUUUAAAUUCGAACAGUUACCACUUCUUAUUUUAAUUGUCAAGAAACUUGAGGGAGCGGAUAUUAACGCUAUAAAAUCUGGUGUCUCGUCAGCCAAGUCUCGUGAGCUCCGCAUCGGUCAAUACUUUUCAAAUACGAUUAUUGUCUUUGAUAAAUCAGAAGGAUCCUCAGUCAAUUUAGUUGGAAAGUCUAUGGGGAAAACAGUCCAUCAUUCCAUCAUCAAUCCUGAUUGGGAUUUUCAAAACAUGGGAGUUGGUGGUUUGGACACGGAAUUCAGCGCCAUAUUCCGUCGAGCGUUCGCCUCCCGUGUUUUCCCACCCGAGAUCGUGGAACAGCUUGGUUGCAAACACGUCAAAGGCAUACUUCUUUACGGCCCGCCCGGAACCGGAAAAACUCUGAUAGCGCGUCAGAUUGCAAAAAUGUUGAACACCCGCGAGCCCAAGAUUGUAAACGGACCAGAGAUCCUGAACAAAUAUGUGGGUGAAUCGGAGGCUAAUGUUCGGCGACUUUUUGCCGAGGCCGAAGAAGAGGAAAAAAGGUUGGGUCCCAACAGCGGGCUUCAUAUCAUCAUUUUUGACGAAAUAGAUGCCAUUUGCAAAUCUCGUGGCUCAGUGGCCGGAGCGUCGGGCGUUAACGACACCGUGUUAACCCAGCUCUUGGCUAAAAUCGAUGGAGUGGGACAAUUAAAUAACAUUCUCGUAAUUGGAAUGACAAACAGGAGGGACUUAAUUGAUGAAGCCCUUUUACGACCUGGCCGCAUGGAGGUUCAAAUGGAAAUUGGAAUGCCGAGCGAAACGGGUCGAUUCCAAAUUUUUAUUAUCCAUACUGCGCGCAUGCGAGAUAACAAGAGGAUGGCUGCUGAUGUUGACCUAGAGGAAUUGGCAGUGUUAACGAAGAACUUUAGCGGAGCAGAGAUUGAAGGGUUGGUUCGAGCCGCUCAGUCAACAGCGUUGAGUCGGUUGAUCAAAGCGUCAAACAAAGUGGAAAUUGACCCUGAAGCCGGUGAAAAGCUUAUGGUCGACCGUGGACAUUUUCUUCACGCUCUUGAAAAUGAUAUCAAACCUGCGUUUGGUACCAGCUCGGAAGCGUUGGAAUUGUACAUCGAUCGUGGAAUAAUCCACUGGGGAGAGCCAAUCAGGAGUUUGUUGGAGAAAGGAGUCAUUCUGACACAAAAGGCGCGAAGUGGUUUUGGCCUGGUUUCCGUCCUGUUGGAGGGUCCACCGAAUGCAGGCAAGACAGCACUCGCUGCUCAGUUGGCUAAAAAUUCAGAGUUUCCAUUUAUCAAAAUCUGCAGCCCCGACGACAUGAUUGGCUUCUCUGAAUCAGCCAAGGUUCUCCGAAUUCGCAAAUUUUUCGACGAUGCUUACCGCUCAGAAUUGAGUUGUAUUAUAGUUGAUGACAUCGAGCGACUGCUCGACUAUGGUGCGAUUGGUCCCCGUUAUUCCACUUUAGUUCUUCAAGCCCUGCUGGGUUUUCUUAAAAAGAAGCCCCCUAAAGGACGAAAGUUACUCGUGAUUUGCACGACCAGUCACAGACAAGUAUUGGAAGAACUGGAAAUGCUUUCCAUUUUUACUAAAAUCUUUCGUGUUCCUUACAUUUCAACAGUUGAGCAAUUAAUUGCGGUGUUGGAAGUGACGGGCGUAUUUUCCGAGAUUCAGAUCGUUGCUAUUGCGCAAAUAGUUGCUAGUAGAAGACUGUUUAUCGGAAUAAAAAAACUUCUGGAAACGAUUGAAAUUGCCGAAAAGUUCGAUGAGGAGCACCGCGUUUUAGAUUUCCUUAAAGAUUUGGAGGAGGACAAUUUUUUAUUUGACGCUUAGAUUAAAAAAAAAUUCCCUUUUUCUUUUUCCUCUUCUUUUUUAAAAUGUAACUCUUGCAGAAAUUAAUGUUGUAUGUUUAGAUCUCUUAUACCAUGUGAAUUCUGACCUUGGAAGCAGCUAGGAUUCCCUAAAAAACUGUCAUCUGUUAUCCUACUGGAACAGUUGAAAUAAAAACAUAACGGUAAUGAAA